AUUAAUUCUAUAUUGAUAAUUAAUGUAUCCAAUAUAGGUGUACAUUUUUAUAUACAUUUGAUUCAUAAAUAUUUUUACCGAUGUAUCGAUAAUAUUGGAGAACAACACCGAAGACUUAUAUCGAUAUACCGUGUGAAAUUAUCGAUACUUUCGAUAUAUCGUUACCAUCCCUAAAUUCGAAACAAUAUUUCUUGUUUGUAGAUGGAAAAAAAUAAAAGUCCACGACACCUCAUAGUAAAAUCAAUACCUACCUACAUUCCUUGCUACGUCCAGAAUCUAAAAAAUGCACAACCAAAUUAGAUUGAAACAGUUUGGUCGGUGGAUGUUUGAAAACUGUGACAAAUGUUAGCAGUUUCAUAACAGUCGAGUAUUCGGUCGUAGGUGUGUCGUAUGUGGAUAAAAUGGCACGUGACGGAAACCAGUUUUGGGCUUAAGUUUUGCCAUCAUUAGUCGUCACAACCAUACGAUUUUUAAUGGCCGUCCCCACUACCUACGGCCCGAAUCUUCUUCAGCCGUAGUUCGGCCAAGGCCAAGGACAAUCAUACACCGUUCGUUCAAAUUCCCAUUACCAUACCGAAGUAAUCGAGCGUACGUGUGCCCAGCGACUAUAUACUAAAAAAAAAAAAAAUACCUACCUGCUAACUAUAUGUUACUUGUAUAGUGAGUAGCUUUUUUUUUUUUACCAAACAUUGAAAAUAAAAAAAUACUAAGUCUGUGUAUAAAAAAAAAUAGUCGCAUUACGCGUUUAAUGUGAAAUUACAGUCACUUGUGUUACAAUAAUCAUAUUUAUAAAAAGAAAAAAUUAAAAUUAAAUAAUGACAAACAUCAAGACGGUUUUUGUUACCGGUGGCGCGGGAUACAUCGGCAGUCACUGCGUUUUGUCAUUGUUGGAAGCUGGGUAUGAUGUAGUGGCCAUUGAUAACUUUGCAAACAGUGUCGGUCAAGAGAAAGCCGCUAGUCUAGAUAGGGUGUGCCAAAUCACUGGAAAAGAAGUAAUCUUCUAUAAAUGUGAUCUACUAGAUAUACAACAGCUGGACGAAAUAUUCAACAAAGUAAUCAUUUAUUCAAUCAUAACAAAAAUUAAUAAUUUAUCAUGUUGUUUUAAACCUAAUGUAGCAUAAAUUUGACUGUGUUAUACACUUUGCUGCAAUGAAAUCGGUUGGCGAGUCAAUGAAACAACCACUGAUAUAUUACAAGAAUAACAUUAUAGGCGCAAUGAAUCUUUUGGAAGUGAUGGCUUUGCACAAAUGUUACCAAUUGGUAUUCUCUAGCUCGUGUACUGUAUAUGGAAACCCUGCAUUUUUACCUAUAACCGAAGAUCACCCGAUUGGUAAUGUCACAAAUGUUUAUGGCCGUACUAAAUAUUUUAUUGAAGAAAUACUCAAAGAUACUGUAAAUUCUGAUCAAGUAAUAUGAACAUUUAUAACAAGUUAAUAUCUAAAAGAUCAUUACAAAUGAAAAAAAAUGUAUCUUUCAUUAUUACUAAUUUGAUUUUUAGAAAUGGAAUAUUAUAAGUUUAAGAUACUUCAAUCCAGUAGGAGCUCAUUCUUCAGGUUUAAUUGGAGAAGAUCCAACAACUAAUUUUUCUAACUUAAUGCCAUAUAUAGCUCAAGUAGCUUUAGGGAAAAAAACUAGUUUGUCAAUCUAUGGAGAAGAUUAUGCAACAUCUGAUGGCACUGGUACAAAACAUUAAAUAUUUUACUAAUAGUUGGCAGAAUAUAAUAAUUUGAUGCAAUAAUAUUUAUUUACAGGUAUAAGAGAUUAUGUUCAUGUGAUGGAUUUAGCAGAAGGACACGUAGCAGCCUUAAAAAAAAUACAAUCAAAUAAAGUAGAUUUAAAGGUGAUAAUUUAUAUAUUUGAAUACAACUUUUUUGGGUAUUAUAUAAUAAUUUUACGUUUGUAAUUAAAAUUAAAAUUAAAAGAAGUAUUAUUUGAAAAUAACUUUUAAAGUGAUUUCAAAAGUAAUUGAUAUCUUGUAUGGUAAUAUGAUCUCCAAUAGUUAUUAUGUAAUAUGUAUAAUUAAUUAUCAUAUGUGUUUAAUAUUUUUUUAUACCUGUAACACAAUUUUGAUUCUUAUACUUAAUUAGGUUUAUAACUUAGGAAGCGGACAAGGUACAUCUGUAUUAGAAUUUGUAAAAACUUUUGAAAAAGUCACAGGCGUUAAAGUACCAUACACAAUUGAAGCACGACGUGAAGGUGACAUAGAAUCAAUGUAUGCUAAUUGUGAUUUAGCAAAAAAAGAUCUGGGUUGGACUGCUAAAUACAAUUUAGAAGAUAUGUGUAAGUUUUUUAGUUGGUAAAUAAAAUGUUAACAUAUUAUAUUUUGCAUUUCUUAACAUUUUAGGUAGAGACUUUUGGAAAUGGCAAACUAUGAAUCCUAAUGGUUAUAAAAAGAGCGAAACAACCACUAAAAAUGGCAAAACAAAUAGUCACUGAAAUUGAUUAAAUACCUUAAAUACCAUAAUCAGUGUAGUAUGAUUUUUUUUCUGUGUGUCCAUUCUAUUAAACAUUUAUCAUUUUUAAAUGCUCCCAAACAGCAGUAAAACAGUUUAGAAUAUUCUUCUGAUAAACAUUGAAUGGUUCUCAUGGUUUUAAGCCAUUCAAUAACUCUAGAAGACUUGAAAUACAGUGUUAUGAAACAUAAAAUAAAAUAAUAAACUAUAAAAAAUUAUAUUACAUACUUGUGAUGUGUUCUUAGAAAAUGUUGCCAAAGCAAGAGGAAAAACUACCCAUUUUAAGUUUUUGUCAUUAUUAAAAGAUAUACUAUUAUACCCUGAUAAUGUUAUAAUAAGGUCAAUAAAAAUUGAGCACAAUAAACAAAAUGAAUCCUGAAAUUAAAAAAAAAUAAAAAUAACACUUUUUUUUCUAAAGCUUAAAAUCUUAAUAGACAAUAAUUUGAACAUCAGAAAACAUAAAUUUUUCUUUUAAAAUAUCUAUACCAAUUAUAAUAUAAUAUUAUUAUAUAAGUAAAGGUAAAAAUAUAUUGAAAAUAAUAUGUUGUAUAACUUUACGGAAAUCAAUGUUUUCAAAAAAGAAAUUUUCCUAGUGAUUUAAAUUUUAAACAUUUGAAAAUAUUACUUGGUCUAUGUUAAAUUGAUGUUACCUGUAUACUAAAAAUAAUGUUUAUUUUAAAUAAACACAUAAUUAUACUUGCUUUUGUAACAGAAUUAUUUUUUUUCGUAAAACCUGCUAGAUAAAUCAUGAAAUUGGCAAUGAAUUGUUGAUGAUAUGGAACAAAACUGUCAAGUUUAAAUAUUUCUGUAACUUGAUUGCACAAAAAAUCAUGUCCUCUAAAAGAAUUUAAAUUUAUCAGUACAAAACAUUAAUUAAUUUAAAAGUAAAUUACUUGGAAAAUUGACUGCACGCUUGAAUACAUUCAUUAAAUUGAUCAAAGGAAACAUUACUAGAAACAAAAUUUUGUACACAACUUAGAAUUAUAAACUUUACAAGCAUUGAUUCUUGAACAGGAUAUGGCUUUAUGUUUUUCAACACUUCCACAGGCAUUGCUAGGCAGCAAUCAAGAAAUGCAUAAACAAUUUUCUAAAAUAUAAACAUUUUUUAAAUAUUAAAUUGAUAAUUUUACAAGGACAAAUACCUUAUUUUCCAAAUGUAUAGUACACCAUAUAUUUUCCAAAAUAUUACAAAUAAUGUAAACAUUCUCUAUAUGUGUUUCAGGGCUUUGUAAUAUUUGUUUAUAUAUAGAUAAAAUAUGGCAUAGCAAA